CAAUGCCGAAAACAGGGCUACUCAACGGGAAGCUGACGCGCAAUCAGGGUCAAAAACGAUGACACCCCUCUCUUCCUCGGAGAUGGCUCGCUGGCCGCAGCACCCACCCCCAAGCUGAAUCAGCGCGGAAUCCGACCCGUCAUCAAAGUUUUGGACGACCGGUGCUUGGUGUUCGAUCCUCCUGAAGACAAUCCCGUCCAGAAAUUCUCCCGAUCCGUUGUACCCUCCGCCGGCAAGAAGGUCAAGGACCAAGUCUUUGCCUUCGACCGCAUCUUCGACCAGAAUGCCACCCAGAGCGAGGUUUACGAAGGGACGACCAAAGGCCUGCUGGACAGCAUCCUCGACGGCUACAAUGCCACCGUCUUUGCAUACGGCGCUACGGGAUGUGGCAAGACGCACACCAUUACCGGCACCCCGCAGCACCCCGGCAUCAUCUUCCUCACCAUGCAGGAGCUCUUUGAAAGGAUCCAGGAGAGGAGCGACGAGAAGAUCACCGAGGUGUCCCUCUCCUAUCUAGAGAUCUACAACGAGACGAUCCGUGAUUUGCUGGUUCCGGGCGGCAGCAAGCAGGGCUUGAUGUUACGCGAGGAUUCAAACCAGGCUGUCACGGUGGCCGGCCUGACCAGCCAUCACCCAAAAGAUGUGCAGGAGGUCAUGGACAUGAUUGUGCAGGGCAACGAAUACCGGACGGUUUCCCCUACGGCGGCCAACGCCGUCUCGUCGCGGUCUCAUGCGGUCCUGCAGAUCAACGUCGCCCAAAGAGACCGCAAUGCGGACGUCAACGAGCCCCAUACGAUGGCAACCCUCAGCAUCAUCGAUCUUGCGGGCAGCGAACGUGCUAGCGCCACCAAGAACCGGGGCGAGCGGCUGAUGGAGGGCGCCAAUAUCAACAAGUCGUUGCUGGCGCUCGGAAGCUGCAUCAACGCCCUGUGCGAUCCACGCAAGAGGAACCACGUGCCCUAUCGUAACAGCAAGCUCACCCGCCUGCUCAAGUUCUCGCUGGGCGGCAAUUGCAAGACGGUCAUGAUCGUCUGCGUCAGCCCGUCGAGCGAACACUAUGACGAGACCCAGAACACGCUGCGCUACGCCAACCGGGCCAAGAACAUCCAGACCAAGGUCACACGUAACGUUUUCAACGUCAACCGCCAUGUCAAGGACUUCCUGGUCAAGAUCGAUGAGCAGAUGGCCCUCAUCAACGAGCUCAAGGCCCAGCAGAAGGAUGCCGAAAAGACCUUCUUUGCCAAGUUCCGAAAGCAGAUGGACAAGCGGGACGCCGUGGUUCGGGAAGGCAUCCUCAGGCUGCGGGCCGCAUACGACAACGCUUCGUCGGAGCGGCAGGAGAAGGUCAACUUGAUGAAGAAGUUGAAGGCCAUCGAGAGGCGCAUCGGGCUACUCUCCGCGUGGAUCGCCGCAUUUGAUUCGGUGUGCGACGCGCGGGGCGAUGAGGAAGCCAUGCCGACCAACUUGGCCGCGAUGCGCAAGACGGCACACGGCAUCCUCAUGGAGCUCGAGAGCAGCAGGCACCACAUCCACCAGAGACUGGAGCGGGCCAACUGGGAGCGGGUGCUGGAUAUCGCUCUGAACCACAGCAUCUCUCAGCUACCCACAGGCGAUGGGAUCGUCGACGGCUCCGAGAGGGAUACCUUGGCCCGAGAGGUCGAGAUGCUCAAGGCGAGCUUCAUGCGAGACGCAUACAGAGAGGUCCUGGAGCAGGACAAGGCCGGUGAUGCGGCUGUCGUGCAGGUGCUCCUCAAUGCUCAGUUUGAUAUCUUGUCUUCGUUGUCCGAGACCCUCGGCAUGAGCGAGGAAGAGGCGGUCGCGAAAGCCAAAACCAUGGUCAACCGUCUCCUGGAGACCGGUUACUCUGCCGCAUCGCACGUUGUCAAGCCCGACGGCUCAUCCAUGAUGCCCGUCGAGCCUUUCUCUCCGUCCAAGCGGGGCACUCCGAAGCGAAAGAAGUCUCUUAGUAUUAACACGAAACCCAUAUCGGGCCCCAUCCUGGCGGCCACUCGCCAGGCGUUGACAUCCCCCGUCAGGGCGUCGCCGCGUCGCCGUAAAGUUGCCGCACGCAAGUCGGUUUCGUUCACACCGGUCAAGAAGAAGCAUGGUGUUCGAUGGCGUGACGACGAGAGCGAGCAGGGCACGCUUGCCGAUUACGAGAAGACACCGAAAAAGUUCGACUCUCCGAGUGAAUCUUCGCCCGAAAAGUCCCUUCCUCCCCAGCCUCCGGUGCCUUCAUACCUCAACCAAACGGAUUCUCCGCAACAUUCGAGCCCGAACCUCAACCCUCCUGACGUAUCAUCACUGUCACUCGGCAAGCCGAACCGAUUCCAGGCUGGCUUUCUUUCCAAGACCCGGGCAUCUCAGCAAAACAACGACUCCGCUGACGGCUCGCCCGUUCCGCCAACCCUCUCGCUGAACCUGGCCGGAUCCUCCGACACCGAAGACCGCCCCUCACCGCUGCGCUCCCUGCCCGUCAGUCGAGCUACUAACUCGCUCUCGCCUCCAGCAGCAGGAACUAACGGCAGCCCCAAACCCUCCGCUAGCAUGCUCUCCACCCUCAGCGAGAAUAGCAGGAACGAGAACGAGCCUCCUCGCCGCGCCUCCCCGUCUUCACGCCUGCCACGCGUUUCGACUGGCUCCGUCUCCGGCUCCGACUCGGAGCUCGACCCGCUCAAGAUCCGCUCCGCACUGCAAUUGGCCAAGCGCCGCGAACGCCUGUCGCUGCUCUCGGGGACGCCGGCCUCGGUCGGAAGGCGCGUUUCAUCCGUCGGCUCGAACCCGAGCGGCGUCGGCGGCAUCAACCUCGGCGGCCAUCGCCGCGCGUCGGCCAGCUACUCGGGUCCCGCCCACGCCCACGCAAGCACCUCCAACGGCAUCUCGCGCCACCGCAGGGGUAGUACCGAGCGUGGCAGCAGGCGUUCGCCGCCGCGGCCCAUCCCCAUCACCUGCUCCCCUCCCUCGGCCUCGGCGUCGGGAUCCGGCGUGGGGUCGUCACCCUCCGGGGCUUCGGGCAGGUACCAGGACGGAAGCUCGUUCCUCGGCGGUCCCGGGAGAAAUCUCACGCCUGGGCAGGCCAGGAGGAUGAACCUUGGGGGCAGCCUUCGGAUGGAACGCGGCGGGAGUCCGUCGGCCGUGGUGAAGGGUGCGGGUGGUGCCUCGGCGGAGGAUGGCAGUGCCAGUGCCGGCGUCGGUGGUAAGGCUAGGAGAAUCACCAUCGGCGCGGGUCCCGGUGGGGUGUUUUAACCGCCUAGUGCGGGGAGCGUGGGGAGUGCGGGGAGCGCGGGCAGCGGUAGUGGUGGUGGUAAUAGUGCGCAGCAGAGCUCGCUGCGGCCGCGCCCUAGCAUGGUGUGGAGGUAGACGUACCCAUACGGCCACCUGGAAGGUUUCUGUUUUAUGUAUUUUUGGGUUUGCG